AUUUUUAAUUUGAUGACUUGGGCUGUUGUUACUAUAAAUACUUGGUUCUUUUUGUGUUACCAUUUAAUAGUGGUUGCUUUUGAUCAGGUGAUUGUCAGUGGGAAGCUAAGGGCGCAGCGUGCAAAAUCUAUGAAAUUUAAGGAUGGCUACAUGAUUUCAUCUGGUCAGCCAGUCAAAGAUUAUAUUGACUCUGCUGUGAGACGUGUACUUUUACGACAGGGGGUUCUCGGUAUCAAGGUCAAGAUUAUGCUUGAUUGGUACCCCAAGCGGAAGCAGGGCCCAACAACUCCUCUACCAGAUUUGGUCACAAUUCAUCAACCUAAGGAGGAAGCAGAGUACACGCAACCACCACCUGUAUUGGCUACCGUGAUUGAGGUCCCAGUCCCAGUGGCUUAACGCCCUUGUUGUUAAUGUCCUGAUUGUUAUUGAUGCUUUAUUAUUAAUUUCACUAAAGUGCUUUAAUUUCUUAUUUGUUGGAAAUUUUUGAUACCCUUCUCAAGUGAUGCUCAAUUUUGUUUCUCUACAGCCAUUAAUUUGUUUUAAUAUAGCUGUUAAUUUAGUUGCUUUA